UUUUAGAGGAUAGAGUGUGGCCUCCUUGGAUGUUGCAGACUUGUCUCUGUAGAAACGAAGCACUAUAAAGGUGGCAUGCUGAGUUCCCAUGGCUAUCAGAUGCUAUCAGUUCCCAUGGCUAUCAGAUGCUGGUAUCUAGCCGGUCCUAUUGUUUUUAGCUGCUGCUGUUGGUUUUUAGUUAUUCUGUUAUGUGAUGGUUUAUUUUAUGUUUUGUUCCCUGCCAUGGUAUUUAUGAACAAAGGUGGGAUAUAAAUAUUUUAAAUAAACAAGCAAAUAAAUUUGCGAUUUAUUUAUUUAUUAUUAGAAAAUAGGCAUUGAAAGGAUCUGGCUACAAUGGGAAGCCUCAAGCUACUUUCUAGGCCUUAGAGGUUGUUGCAUUUUCCCCAAGGAAAUGGCCACCAUACACCAACUAGACACCACUUCAGAUGACUCAUGACUGGUUUCCCUUCUGUUGUUGAGGAGGAAAGGGUGGCUGGCAAAGACAAGAGACUUCUUCUCAGCUGCACUGCAUAUCUUUUCUGACUGUGUAUACAAGAAAUAAUAAUAAUAAUAAUAAUAAUAAUUAAUAAUACAUCACCCAUCUCAGGGUGGCUUACAGUACAUAUAAAAAUUGUAGCAAAGGUACAAGCAGUAGCUAAGGGAGGAGUGAUUUUUUUUAAAAAAGUAGAAAACUGGUGAGCCCCUUAUUCCAGAUUGGAAACACAUUCCAGAUUGGAGCACAUAGCUGCUUUUUCUUCAGUAUGAAAGUUGCCAUUUAAAGCACAUGUUUUUUUUAAUGAAUUAAUGUAACAAAAUAUGUAGCCUUGCCCAGAUAGAGAACAAAGAGGUUCCUCCUCCUUCCUCUGUGCACCCCCUAAAUCUCUUCUAGGUUUUGAGGAGGGCUAAGGACACACACAGGUGAGGAGAGUGGGGAAAUCCAUGUGUUGAUGGGACAUGGUAUUUGAAAACUGCCCAAUAAUUUGCAGUCCAUGGCAUUCUGAAGUCAGCAUGGCGCUUGUUAUUACUCCCACAAACGCUCCCACCUCAUCUUUAUUAGCUGCUUAUCCUUACUAAAAAUGUGCACAGAUGUGAGUAACAGAACUUACCUAUGUGCCUUUGGGUGUACCUGUCAUCUCAUUUAAAUGGGAACCUCCACUGCUAUGGACUGUUAGUAAAUCAAUGCAGCAGCUCCCUGGGUUACAAAUCCCAGGUGUUCUAACAGCGCCCGUGUAGUGCCUGAGUUCUUCCUCUAAAUGGUACACUGGAUGUGUGCAUUCUGCAGUCACGUUAUUCCUGCCUAUCUGUCAUGUUUCCAUUGGUUUUAAGACAAAGUCCUUGUCAUGUCACAAGUCCCUCAAGUUCAUAUUAAAGUGGGUUUGGUCCUUUCCCACAUAACGCCCCUUUAAAAGGUACUUUAAAAACCAUUCUUUUUUUCUUUCUAGUUCUCUAGUUUUAAAUGCAUUUAUUUCCUCUUUCAACCUUCCCGUUCCAUUUCCAAAGACAAUAUUUCACACUAUCUUACCUCCUUUGGACGGCUUCCUUACUGGGCAUUUACUGUGAAACAAUCAUGCUUUGUUCACACAUUUUUAAUAGGGCACCUGCAUGAUUCAUGAUCAAAACAUGCCCUUCCCACAUUUUACCUUUUCAGUUUCUAGUUUCUUUUUUUGAAGUCAGAAAAUCCAACAUUUUAAUAUGCAAUAACAGACGUACGAUUUCCUCAACUGUAGAUGGCACAGCUCUUCUAGCCUAGAUAGACCAGAAUGGGCUGUAUAGAUGGCAAUCUCUAGCCACUUCCUUUCCUGUGGUCUCUUUCUCUUUCCUCUUUCUAGGAAGCAGUUCUAGCACUUCAACCCUCCCCUUUCCAAACAUCAUUGCUCUUAUAUCAGUUACAGGUAGGUAGCCGUGUUGGUCUGACGUAGUCGAAACAAAAUAAAUAAAUUCCUUCCAGCAGCAUCUUAAAGACCAACUAAGUCUUUAUUUUUGUAUGAGCUUUCGUGUGCAUGCACACUUCUUCAGAUACUUCAGAUGGUCUUAUAUCAGUUCCCCUUGCCCUUAAAUUCAAGCAGGAAGGGAACAACCUUGUUCUGGAGUGCAGUGAGAUUUCCAAUGCUCCCCCAAACUUUGGGGGUUGUGGAAAUGGGCUAAUCACUUGGCUAUAGAAUGUUACUUGUAUCCUAAGAGUUGGAAAGCAAAGUUCCUUUUCCAUUUCCAGUUUAGCAGAAUAGCAAUUUAGCAGAAUAGGCUGCUAAAUUGUCCACAUCUUUGGUGACUCUGUUGAGAAGACCUGCACUUUCCCCUCAGCCUUUUUCCUUUUACAUAUCAAUUGGAUUUGGUGUGCUGUGUGAUUGGCAGGGGAGAGGGGAGGCUGGGCUGCAGGAUAACGCAGGCUCAGGCUCAUUGUUCUACAGUUUCAGCUGAAAGUAAGAGCACUCCUGGGAAGUUUGCUUUCUAUAAAUACAUUUCCUCUUCCUUGUGCCAGCUCUCCUAAGAACCGAUAUUUUGAGACAUGCCACAGCCAAAUGCAGUAAGAGGUGCUGAACAUGCCUCGCAGUCCAACGUCAAGUGAAGAUGAGAUGGCUCAGAGUUUUUCAGACUAUUCAGUGGAAUCUGAAUCAGACAGCUCCAAAGAAGAAACCAUUUACGAUACUAUCAGGGCUACCGCAGAGAAGCCAAGUAGCAGAAUGGAAGACUCCAAGAGCAAUACAUUAGUGAUGCGGAUUAUAAUACCUGACCUACAGCAGACGAAGUGUAUUAGAUUUAAUCCUGAAGCUUCUGUAUGGGUAGCAAAACAGCGAAUUCUUUGCACAUUGAAUCAAAGUUUGAAAGAUGUUCUCAAUUAUGGCUUGUUUCAGCCUGCGAACAAUGGGAGAGAUGGGAAAUUUUUGGAUGAAGAAAGACUUCUUAUGGAAUAUCCACAACCUGUAAACAAGGGUGUUCCAACCUUAGAGUUUCGGUAUAAGAAAAGGGUGUACAGACAAUUUAAUCUUGAUGAAAAGCAGCUAGCCAAGCUCCACACAAAGGCUAAUUUUCGAAAAUGUAUGGACCACGUUCACCACCUAUCUGUUGAAAAACUAACAAAGAUGCUUGAUCGGGGACUUGAUCCUAACUAUCAUGACUUGGAAAGUGGAGAAACCCCACUGACUUUGGCAGCUCAACUUAGCAAUACUGUUGAAGUUAUCAAAGCCCUGAAAAAUGGAGGAGCUCAUUUAGAUUUCAGAGCUAAAGAUGGCAUGACAGCAUUACACAAAGCAGCUAGAGCCAAGAACCAACUUACCCUGAAGACCCUCUUAGAACUUGGAGCAUCUCCUAAUUAUAAAGACAGCUGUGGACUGACACCGUUGUAUCACACUGCUGUGGUUGGAGGAGAUCCAUAUUGUUGCGAGCUCUUGCUUCAUGAACACGCUACUGUGGGUUGCAAAGAUGAAAAUGGAUGGCAGGAGAUUCACCAGGCUUGUCGAUAUGGGCACGUCCAGCAUUUAGAACAUUUUCUGUUUUAUGGAGCUGAUAUGGGAGCACAAAAUGCCUCUGGAAACACAGCGUUACAUAUCUGUGCACUUUACAACCAGGACAGCUGUGCAAGAGUUUUGUUGUUACGGGGAGCAAACAAGGAGUUGAAGAACUAUAAUAGUCAGUCUCCAUUUCAGGUGGCAAUAAUUGCUGGAAAUUUUGAGCUCGCUGAAUAUAUCAAGAAUCACAAGGAAACUGAUAUAGAGCUUACCAAGAAAGUGAAUUUAUACAAAGCUCAGAAGAGAGAUGCUGCUGAAAGCUUGGUGCCAUUUAGAGAGGCUCCUACCUACUCAAACAGAAGACGGAGGCCCCAGAGCACCUUGACAGCACCUCGGGUCUUGCUUCGGUCCAAUAGUGAUAACAAUCUGAACGUCAACAUUCCUGAUUGGUCAGCCUCUUCCUUAGCUUCUUCACACCGUAGCCUUUCGCCUAACCUACUCCAACAGAUGCAGAAUAAUCCUAAUGGAACUGUGAAAACUGUUGGGAGCUACACGCCAUCUUCUCGAAGCCGCUCACCAUCAUUAAAUAGGUUAGGAGGAGAAGAUGCAAAGCGGCAGCAACACCGGCACAUUAGUGCCAGUUAUAACCCCAGUGCCAACAAGGAUACUAUAUCUGCCUUGGAUUAUCAGGGUCCAAAACGCAAACUUUACAGUGCUGUACCUGGAAGACUAUUUAUUGUCGUGAAGCCAUAUCAACCUCAAGGAGAAGGGGAGAUUCAUUUGCACAAAGGGGACAGGGUGAAAGUUUUGAGCAUUGGCGAGGGUGGAUUCUGGGAAGGCACCACUCGAGGUCAUGUCGGAUGGUUUCCUGCAGAAUGUGUUGAGGAAGUGCAGUGCAAACCAAAUGAAAGCAAACCAGAAACUCGAGCAGACAGAACAAAGAAAUUGUUUAGACACUAUACUGUUGGAUCAUAUGACAGCUUUGAUGCUUCAAGUGACUGCAUUAUAGAAGAAAAGGCUGUGGUCCUGCAGAAAAAAGACAAUGAAGGAUUUGGGUUUGUGCUCAGAGGGGCCAAAGCUGAUACACCAAUUGAAGAAUUCACCCCUACUCCAGCCUUUCCUGCUUUGCAGUAUCUGGAAUCAGUGGAUGAAGGUGGGGUAGCAUGGCAAGCUGGCUUGAGAACAGGAGACUUUUUGAUCGAGGUAAAUAAUGAAAAUGUAGUAAAAGUUGGCCAUAGGCAAGUGGUGAACAUGAUUCGGCAAGGAGGCAAUCAUUUAGUUCUUAAAGUUGUCACAGUAACCAGGAAUCUUGAUCCAGAUGACACAGCCAGAAAGAAAGCCCCACCACCUCCAAAACGGGCUCCAACCACUGCACUGACCUUGCGGUCUAAGUCAAUGACCUCAGAACUUGAAGAGCUUGAUAAAGUUGAUGAAAUAGUACCAGUUUCCAAGCCAUCAAGAAUUCCAGACAAUGCAGCCGUGGACUCAAGAGUGGCAACAAUUAAACAACGACCUUCCAGCAGAUGCUUUCCCUCAGCUACGGAUAUGAAUUCUAUGUAUGAGAGACAAGGGAUUGCUGUGAUGCCACCAACAGUCCCUGGGAGUUCCCAAGGCCCAUUUCUGGGUGUACCACGAGGUACCGUGAGAAGACAAAAAUCAAUAGGGAUAACAGAGGAAGAACGGCAAUUUUUGGCUCCUCCCAUGCUAAAAUUUACCAGAAGUCUAUCCAUGCCAGACACCUCUGAAGAUAUCCCUCCACCACCACAGUCUUUACCUCCAUCACCACCACCUCCAUCUCCUUCUCUUUACAACUCCCCCAAAUCUCCAGUGUCUAGAAUAUAUGGGACAAUUAAGCCUGCAUUUAAUCAGAAUUCAGGUGCAAAGUUAGCUAUUUCAGGUAGAUCUGAAAAUAUGGGAACGGUGAUAAGGGACAAAGGGAUAUAUUACCGGAGAGAGAUGGACCGUUAUUCUCUAGAUUCUGAGGACUUAUAUAGCAGAAAUGCCUCAACUCAGGCAAGCUUCAGAAACAAGAGAGGUCAUAUGCCGGAGAACCCAUACUCUGAAGUUGGAAAAAUAGCAAGCAAAGCAGUUUAUGUCCCAGCCAAGCCAGCAAGACGGAAGGGAAUGCUAGUGAAACAAUCUAAUGUUGAGGAUAGUCCAGAAAAAACCUGCUCUAUUCCAAUUCCAACUAUCAUUGUUAAAGAGCCAUCUACCAGCAGUAGUGGGAAAAGUAGUCAAGGAAGCAGCAUGGAAAUUGACCCACAGUCUUCAGAGCAACCAGGACAGCUCAGACCUGAAGAUAACUUGACUGUCAGUAGUCCAUUUGCAGCAGCCAUUGCAGGGGCAGUGAGGGAUAGGGAGAAAAGAUUAGAAGCCAGGCGUAACUCUCCAGCUUUCCUUUCCACAGAUUUGGGAGAUGAGGAUGUUGGGCUAUCGCCUCCAAUGCCACGUUUGAGACAGUCUAAGUUUAGUGAUGAGGGAAUGUUUGGUAAUGAAGACAACUUUAGGCAACUUGUAUCACCAUCUCCUAUCCCAGCACCUAGAGAGCCUGAAAAUAUUUUUAAUAGCAGUGAAUCAAGUAAUCAAAGUGAUGCAAGGACACCAAACCCUUCAACCCAAACAUCAAUGGGUUCAGAAAAUAAUGUGUUGGCAACUCAGAAUGCUGGUAUGUCCAGUUUGGAUAACUAUGUUCAUCCACUCACAGGGAAAUUACUGGAUCCAAAUUCACCUUUAGCCCUUGCCCUUUCUGCCAGAGAUAGAGCCAUGAAGGAACAAACCCAGCAAAUUCCAGGGAAAGGAGAAUCUGGCAAAGCAGACCUUAAUAAACCCCUUUAUAUAGAUACAAAGAUGAGGUCCAACAUCGAAACUACAUUUCCAGUGACAGCUACAAUUGCUAGGCAAAAUACGCGUGGUCCACUCAGGCGGCAGGAGACGGAGAACAAAUAUGAGACGGAUACGGGGAAAGAGAGGAGGCCUGAAGAAAAGAAGAACAUGCUGAUAAAUAUUGUGGAUACCUCACAGCAGAAGUCAGCUGGUUUGCUCAUGGUUCAUACGGUAGAUACAGCACAGUCCAAUGAUACCCCUGAUGAAAAGGAAGAGGAAAGCGCUGAGACAGAUGUGGAUACUGAAAAGCCACCACCAGAGGUACAGGAAAGCACAGAAACGGUAGAAAGUGGACUAGAUGAAGCUGACAUGCCUGAGCUACCUGCGUCUCCCUGCAAAACCAUUGUAGCAGUCGGCUCCGUUGAUGAUCCAAUCAUUUUACCAUUCCGUAUCCCUCCACCCCCUUUAGCAUCUGUUGAUCUUGAUGAAGAUUUCAUCUUUACUGAGCCAUUACCACCGCCUUUAGAAUUUGCUAACAGUUUUGAUAUCCCUGAUGACCAUUCUGUCCCAGGCUCUGCACUAACAGACUUGCUGAAACAGAGAAAAAACGGAACUCCGCCUGCUUCGUUCAAUCCUACUCAACCCUCAAAUUCAAUAGACAGUAAGAAGCCAGUGGGUCUUUCAAACUGUUUGCCUGCCUCAUUUUUACCACCCCCUGAAAAUUUUGAUAAUGUCACUGACUCUGGGAUUGAAGAGGUGGACAGUCGAAGCAGUAGUGACCAUCACCUAGAGACAACCAGCACUAUCUCAACUGUGUCCAGCAUCUCUACCUUAUCCUCUGAAGGUGGUGAGAACUUGGAUACUUGUACAGUCUAUGCAGAUGGGCAAACAUUUCUGGUGGACAAACCCCCAGUACCUCCUAAGCCAAAAAUGAAGCCCAUAAUCAACAAAAGCAAUGCACUUUACAAGGAUGCGCUAAUUGAAGAAACUGUAGAUAGUUUUGUUAUUCCUCCACCUGCCCCACCCCCACCUCCUAUCAGCGCACAGCCUGGAAUGGCUAAAGUUGUACAGCAAAGGACCUCUAAGCUAUGGGGUGAUGUAACGGAGGUUAAAAGCCCAGUUCUCUCAGGCCCAAAGGCUAAUGUCAUUAGUGAAUUGAACUCAAUACUACAGCAAAUGAACAGAGAGAAAUCAUCAAAGCCAGGGGAAGGAUUGGAGUCACCUCCAGGAAUAAAAACAGCAAGUCUUAGUACAAGAAGAGGGGCAUGCUGAAGUGCCAUGAAGUAAGUGACGACCAAAGGGGGUUUAUAUGGGGUUUGUUUCAUUUUUUAAUCCAUGCAUUGGUUUACAUUAGUUACUUUUUGUUCGUUUUUCAUUCAUAGUUUGGAUUAGAUAUUUCUCCUAUCCAGAAGUGGUAGCCAUUAUUUAAAAUUCACCAUAGGUCUUCAACAUUAGACCCUUUCUUACUUAAAUUUCACCAGUACUCAUAGUACUCCCAACUCUAGAGUUGGUGAAAGUGUGUAGUUAAAAAAUAAAUAAAUUAAAAUAUGAGGAAUUGAGCCAGGGGGGGGGGGGAUCAGCAAAAGUCAGCCAUGUCUAAGCCUUGUUGAAAUCAGUGACACAGUCAAAUGCUUAAUUUAUAUUGCAUUGUACUUGUAAAGCUUCUUACCUAGUGUCAGUGAUGGCUGGUGCCCAUUGGGAAUGAUAGGGCAGAAGGCCAGGUGACCAACAGUAGAUAGAGCCAGAGCCAGUGAUUGACAGAGCCAUCCCCUAACUCAGGCAUCCCCAAACUGCGGCCCUCCAGAUGUUUUGGCCUACAACUCCCAUGAUCCCUAGCUAACAGGACCAGUGGUCAGGGAUGAUGGGAAUUGUAGUCCAAAACAUCUGGAGGGCCGAAGUUUGGGGGUGCCUGCCCUAACUGGUUAAAAGUUGGAAGUCAAACAGGUGUGAGUUGCUGAGAGCAGAAUGAGGUUGAUGGGGCAAUGCCCAUUAAUCCCAAUGGACCAACCUCCACUGCCUAGUAUGGUGGCAUGAACUAUUGGCACAAACUAUUAAGUUAUUGUUCAGGUUGCUGAAAGUUUUCAGUUGAAUUUUUGCGAGGGAAAGGCAGAGUGUCAGUUUGGUUGGGAGUAAGAAGUUGCACGGGGGCAGACUAAGGACUGAAAAGAGGUCCUGGGUUGUAGAGAAGUUAAUGGACAGAAUAUUUAGAGGCAAGGGAUCCAAAGAAAGGCUCUGGGGAGGAGAAUCUUGAAAAUAAAGUAAGCAGAGAAUGGGGAAAGGUGCAAAGAUGGCACAACUGUGGCAAAAGUGGUCUCUGAAUAAACUUCACAUAGCUUAUGACACUCCUGACAUGCUGUAGAAGGAGAGCUAGGUAGGCUAGUUAAGAAAAAUGUAGGGUAACAAAGUAGCUGUUAGGAAAAUUCUGCCAGUUAUUGCUUCUGCCUUUAGUGUAGCGUUGUGAUCUGGCAACAGUACCAAUAAGCAAUGCAGGUGAGUGUAUUUCAUAUAAUGAGAUUUUCUAGACAGCCAUUUCUUCUACUAUAGAAUUGUAUUGCACAUAAUGAUGGUGAUAGCGAAGCCUCUGGUAUUUGUUGGCUGAGCUGGUGCAAACUCAUGCACUUUCCCAACUGCCAAGGAAACAGUGUUGUCAGAAUAUUUUCUGAGACAAGGAAGACCUCUGAAAAAUUGCAUGGUGCUGAAGGACUAGAAAGUCUAUGGGGGAAGAGAGAUGAAUGCUGUGGAGAAUCUACAUGCAGCCGAUUGGCUAAAGCAGUGGGACAAAGUAGGCAGUGCAUUAGAAAGCAGACGUCUGAGGAAGUGAUGGGUGGGGAAGAGAUGGGAGUUUAAGAAAACAAGAGCCAAUGAAAACUUCAGAUGGGGCCUAGGAUGAGGUUACCAGAUUUUUUUCAAUGACUCCAGGGAUGUAAAAUAAAUAAAUAAAUAAAUAAAUAAAUAAAUUGUGUGUGUGUGUGUGUGUGUGUGUGUGUGUGUAAAGUUAAUUUUAAAAAAUUAAGAAGUAAUAACUUCUCUUCUAUGGUCUCUGUUGCAUGGCCUUCCUCAGGGUCCCGGUCUGCUUUCUUGGAGCACUAGUCGUGCUUCCAUUCCCUCCCUCUCCUUCCUUGCACUGCGAUCCCCUACAGCAGGCGUCCCCAAACUAAGGCCUGGGGGCCGGAUGCAGCCCAAUCGCCUUCUCAAUCCGGCCCGCGGAUGGUCCGGGAAUCAGCAUGUUUUUACAUGAGUAGAAUGUGUCCUUUUAUUUAAAAUGCAUCUCUGGAUUAUUUGUGGGGCCUGCCUGGUGCUUUUACAUGAGUAGAAUGUGUCCUUUUAUUUAAAAUGCAUCUCUGGGUUAUUUGUGGGGCAUAGGAAUUCGUUCAUAUUUUUUUUCAAAAUAUAGUCCGGCCCCACCACAAGGUCUGAGGGACAGUGGAAAAAGUUUGCUGACCCCUGCCCUACAGGGUUACUCAGGAGUAAGCGUUAGCAGAAGCCCAUUCCUCCUGCUGCUGCCCUGGCUGCCUGUGAGCACAGGCAUCAGCGGAGUUUGAGAAUAAGACUGUGGGAUGAUCACAGAAUCACAAAUUUGGAAAUGACCUCUGAGGGGCAUCUAGGCCAACCCCUGCAAUGGAGUUACCUCAACAAGAGCAGCCACAACUUAAAAGAACAUAAGGCUUCCCUGCUCCAUUUACACCUAUUGUGACACAGAAGGUACCCCUCUAAGUCUCAUCCCACCAAUCUCUCCCUCUUUAUCAAAGGGGAGAGGAGGGAGGCAAGCAAGCAAGCAGAGGUAGCCUCUUUAAAUUUUUAAGGCUCAUUUUUAAUAAGAAGGGAACAGGAAAGCUCUUUAGGGGGAACCAACAUAAACACCCCCAAAAUAAACAUAAAACAUUCCUCUCCUUUUCUUUUUUGCUAGUGGGGGUGGGUGCAAGGGAAGAAAAAUGAAGCAGCAGCACAUAAUGAUGUAUAGAUAGGGUUGGAGAACCAAAUGUGUGAAAAGACAAAGGGAGAAUUGGGAAGAGUUUAUGGGUAAGGAGGAAAAAAUGGGGAGACAGACAAUAACACAGAGAGAUGGGAGGGAGGGAAGGCAGUCCAAUGUAGCUCACAAACAUGCAGAAUGGAGCAAAAGAGGCAAGACAACUCCCCACCACCACCCUUAACUUUGAAGCAACAGCCUCUGUCUGGGACAGCGAAGGGAAGGCUCAAGGCAGCAUCCUGCUUUCUGCUGGCUUGGUAGCUCAGCACACAAGCGGGUAGAAUACAGCAAAGGGGGCUUUAAAGGCAUGUAAAGGUGCUCCUCCUUCCUCAUGAGCAAGCAGGAGAGACAGGGCAGCUUGCAGAGAUGUCAUGCAGGGAGGCUUCUUCCCUGCACCUCAGUUCUGCCGGUCCAAAGAGCAGCCUUGCCUCUCCAGCUCAAACAAGCAAGCAGGAGGAGCAGGGCUGUUUGCAGAGCUGAUGGAGAGGGCGGUUUCUUAUUGCGCGUCAGCUGAUAGGCAGGAGAGUUGCAGCAAAGCCCAGCUGCACCUCUGGCUCCUGAGGAGACCCUCUCUGGAGCUGUAGCGGAUGAUUGCUUCAUGCUCUGGGGAGGGUCUGAUUAUGGCAUAUGAUUAUGGCAUAUGAUUAAUCCAGGGACAUUACAUUAAAUCCAGGGACAUUCUGGGGAUGGAUUUCAUCUGGGGACAGAUUGGUAAAUCCGGGGGCUGUCCCCGGGAACCGGGGACGUCUGGUAACCAUAGCCUAGGAACAAUAGUGGCAAGACAGAAGUUUGAGUGUCACUUCAGUGUGGUGUAGUGGUGUGGACUCGUAAUCUGGUGAACCAGGUUCGAGUCUCCACUCCUCCACAUGCAAGUGCUGGGUGACCUUGGGCUAGUCACACUUCUUUGAAGUCUCUCAGCCCCACUCACCUCACACAGUGUUUGGAAGGGAAGGGAAGGGAAAGGAGAUUGUGAGCCGCUUUGAGACUCCUUUGGGUAGUGAUAAAGUGGGAUAUCAAAUCCAAACUCUUCUUCUGGAGGGCUGGAAACUGUGCUGGGUUGAAGAUUAUCAAAGGGGCAUAGGUUGUAAUGGACCUGCUAUUCAUUUAAGAGAUACAUAGAUUGGAAUUUGUGUUAGUGGUGGCAUCUGCUGACUCCACCUCCCGCCAAAGCUGGGGUUGCAUGGCUUACCAGGUUACAUGUCUGCAGUGUCGGUUUCCAGGUUCCCCUCCCAGAGAAGUGGUAGCAACCGGCUUCCACCAAGAUCUUGCCAGAACCCAGAACCCUACACUGUAGUUGCUUCUUCUGCGAGAUCUUCUGGGUUCCAGGCACUCUUGGAGGAAACUGAUUUUCUAGAUCCAUUUCAGUCAGUAUUUAGGCCCUGGCACAGAAACUAUAUUAUGACCUCUGUCAGGAAAGAAAUGUGUUCCGGUCAAUUCUCAACUUCUCAGUGGCUUUUGAUACCAUCAACUAUGGUAUCCUCCUGGAGUGGUUGUUCGAAUUAGGGGUGCGUGGCACCACUUUGUGGUGGUUCUGGUCUUACUUGGAUGGUCAUUUCCAGAGGGUGAUGCCAGGGUUUGCUCUUUGGUCCUGUAGAAUCUUCAAUGUAGAGUUCCUUGGGGUUCAAUUUUAUCCCCUAUGCUGUUUAACAUCUACAUGAAAUUCCUGAGUUUUGGAGUUUGUCGUCAGCAAUAUGCUGGUGACGUGUCCCUUAUUUUUCGCUCCAUAGGACGCACCUGACCAUAGGACGCACCUAGUUUUUAGAGUAGGAAGACAAGAAACAAAAUAUUAUGCUUUCUUGAAUUGUCCUAGGCAUAGCAGCCAACUCCUAGAGGACUAGGUGCCUUUGCCCUCCCCCCAUUAAAUAUUUGAGGAAGCUUCUUUUGCAAAGGGGGAAAGCUCCAUUUUUUUGAGGAUCAGCUCACAGUUGUGCAUCUUUUUUGCAAAGGGGGAAAGCUCCAUUUUUGAGGAUCAGCUCAAGGUUGUUGAGCUUACCUUGCAAAGGGAAAAAAUCCUGUUUUUAUGGGACUCACAGUUCUGCAGCUUCUCUAGGAAGGGAAAGGGACCCAUUUCUACAGUUUCCAGACAGAUAAUCUAAUCAGCCAGUCACAUUUCGCUGGGGAAGUAAGCAGCCUCUCUCUGCAGACAACAAUUGAGGCCUGGGCAAGGGGCCUGGGCGGGGCUGGGAAGGGAGCUAGCUCCCUUAUCUCCUUCCCCGAUCUCUUGCAAUCAGCUGCUGAGCGGGUCCUUUCAACACUCUUUCCCUCUUGUUAGCCUUUAGCUCUUUCUUUUCUUUUUUUAAAAAGCACGAUCUGCCUUUCGCCCCUGGGCAAUCCGGCUCCAGGGACCAUGCAUUCGCUCCAUAAGAUGUACAGACAUUUCCUCUUACUUUUCAGGAGGAAAAAGUGUGUCUUAUGGAGUGAAAAAUACGGUAGCUCUACUUCUCCUUUGCAUCUGCAGGUGUGGCAGUGGAUGUGCUGGACUGAUGUCUUGCCUCAGUUAUGGACUGGAUGAGAGCCAAUAAACCGAGGAUCAAUCCAGAUAAGACAGAGGCACUGUUCGUGGAUGGUCCCUGGAUCGGAUGAGUGGGAGAUUGCCUGCUCUUGAUGGGGUUACACUCCCUCCGAAAGAGUGGUCUCGGGUGGUCUCAGUGGCAUGGAGUGCCUUCCAUCAGCUUCAGCUUGUGGCCCAGCUGCACCCCUAUCUGGACAGAUAUAGCCUAAGUCUGUUGUCUAUGCUCUGGUAACCGCUAGUUAGAUUUCUGCAACACAUUAUACGUAGGGCUGCCACUAAAGACUGUUUGGAAACUUCAGCAGGUGCAGAAUUCAGCAUCCAGGUUGCUCGCCAGAGCAAGACCGUUUGAGCCUAUUACACUGAUUCUUGCCGAAAUGCACUGGUGGCUUAGUUUCCAGGCCCAAAUCAAGGUGCUGGUUUUGACCUAUAAUGUCAUAAAUGGCUCAGGGCUGCAAUACGUCAGUGACUGCUUCUCCCCAUAUGAACCUCCCCUGACCCUGCAAUCAUGAGGUUCUUCAUGUACCUCCUCAGUGAAAUGGGCCUUUUCUGUGGUGGCUCCCUGUUUGUGUAAUGCUCUCCCCAAGGAGGCUUGUGUGGUGCCUUCAUUGGCUCCAGGCAAAAACAUUUCUCUUCAGUCAGGGGUUCGGCUGAUUGACAUUCUAUGGCCUCUUAAAUGUGUUUGUGGGAGGGGGCUGUUGAUUUGUUUUUUGUUUUAUUAUGUAUUUUGUAUUCACGUUUUGUUUUCUUCUAUUGUGACCUGCCCUGGGAUCUUCAGAUGAAGGGUGGUAUACAAAUUUACUAAAUAACAUUAUUAAUAGUAUCGGGGGGGGGAUCACUUUGAUGCAACUUUCCAUUUUCACAUAACGAAGCUUUCCUAUAAUUUGCUCCCCAUGUGGUCAGAUCAGUAAUUUCAACAUGUUGGAAAGGAAUUCUAUGGUAGGAAAAUUUGUUGUGAUAAUUUCUAAGUCUCCAAGUUUCUAUUUCAAAUCAGUUUUGUUUCCCCCCCCCCCCAAAAGAAAACUUGCAAAAUGUAAAAUUCAGUUAACCAGAGCUAGAGCAGCUCUGGAUUUGACUAUCUGUGUGCACAUUUUUACUGCAAAAUGACAGCCACUUGAAAUGGGACUGAUUGCAGAAGUUGGGGAAAUAGACUUUCAACACAAAUUCAGGAUUUCCUCCCAAUGCAAACAGCCGCUUCAAACGAAUUAUUUCGGUCAUGACUCCAGCAGGGAAAUAAUGAUUUAAUCUCUCACUCCCCCCCCCCCGACUGCUGCAAUCUUGAUCAUUAUAAGCCCCACACCAGGUGGCUAUUAUUUGAAUUAUUUAAAAUACAUAUUAAAAUGAAGAUGAACAUCAUGUACAGUUUGGCUCUCCAUCCUGUGGUCCUUAGUUCACUUGCUAAAGAGCAAAUUCCAUUGAAUUCAUGAGAACUUUAUUCUGAGUAAACAUACCGUACAUAGGAUCACACUGUACAUCUUAAAAAGAUGUUUGGGCAACAGUUUGGCAUAUAAAUAACUCUUGUGUCCAUGUAGUUCUUUGCAGCAGAAAAAAACCCCACCUUGUAUAUUGAAGUUUUCUGCUAGUUAGGGCUGGGCAAUGUCUGGUUUUCAACAUCAUGAUAUUUAGCUGGUGAUAUAUCAUGAUGUUUGGAAUCCAUAUCGUGAUAUCAGUUUCAUAAUUUUUGACCUGGCAAUGUAUUGUGAAUCACAAUAUAUGUGUGUGAGCAUGCAUGCUAUGAAAAAAUCACAGUACUAAGUUAUUUUGAGCCAUUUUAAUAGGCUUUAAUUAUUUAAAAUGGCUCAAAAUAACUUAAUGGGAAUUCAUGCCUACAGACUGCUUUUCCUGGGAAAAUUCAGUGAUGUGACACAGUAAUUACAUAUUGUGAAAUAAUCUAAGACAACAUAAUGUGUAUUGCAAUCAGAGUAAUCAAAGGAAGUGAAUAUUUGCAACAAAAUAUCACUGUAUGCUUAUUCCUAAUAGAGCCAGAUUUUCAUAUAUAUAUUCCUGACAAUAUAAAAGGCCAUAUUAGAAAAGAAUUGUCUUUAGUCUAAUAACCGCUUAUUGACAAUUUACAGAAAAGGGUAUAGUCCGAAGUUGCUAACAGAUACUUUAUUUCUCACAGCUAUGGAUGUGGAUGUGUUUGAUAUUUCUGGAAGAAACUCAUUCCAUGCUUCUGACAAUCAAUAUUUUAAACAGCUCAAUUUAGUAUUAUAUUAUUCCUGAAAGAUCUUUUAAGAUCCCUAACAGCUCUAUGUUAAAAAAAAGUGCACAGCUUUGGUCUGGAUGUCAUUUAAUGUAAUUUUUUUUUAUAAAUCAUUCUUUUGGAUAAAUUUCCAGGUCCUUUGUGUUCGAAUUGCACAUCAAUAACCUUUGACCAAUGUUUCUCUCACUGUAAUUGUAAAAUAAUUAUCACAAAUUCAAAGAAACUGUGUAGACAUGGUGGGAAUUGUAAGCGCUGGUGAUUCGUAUUUGACGUUUUCCCUGCAGCUCUUCUGUCAAAGAGAGAAGCUACUUUUUAAACUUAACAGAUGUUUCCAACUUGGCAGUGGAAACUGCAGCAUUAAAUACUUCAGAGUUAUCUUCUUCCAUUCAUUUGUAUUCUCCCUCCCAUUCACCUAAAUAGCUUCAUUGGCAAAGUCUCCUCAGGGUACAUUUUUAAGUCUGAGACAUGUUUUUCUUUGUGCCAGAGAAUGUGGUACAAACCAACCCAGACCCCCUUGGCCUGUUCAUUAGCAUGCAAUCAAAGGCAUGUUAUUAUCACUAUAGACACUAUAGACCUACAAUUCCCAGUAGAAAUGUUUCUGGUUUUUUAAUGUAUGUAUAUUUCAAUGUUUUCUUAAUUUCAUUAUAUAGCAUAUCCCAGAAGCAUUUUACUUUCUUACAUUCCCACCACAUAUGAUAAAAGGUACCUUCAUUUUCUUUACAUUUCCAACAUUUGUUAUUUACCUUAUAAAGUUUGACUAGCUUCACCAGUGUAAUACACCAUCUAUACAUCAUUUUUAUCACGUUUUCUCUUAAGGCAUUACACACUGUAAAUUUUAUUCCUUCUUUCCAUAAAGAAUACCAAAAUCUUUAGCCCAGUGAAUCAUUACCGACUUUACCUCUUCAUCCUUUAAAUGCCAUUCCAACAGUAUUUUAUACAUUUUUGACAAUAUUUUGUACUUAUUAUUCAAUAUUUCAAUUUCAAAUUUUGAUUUGAUAUUUCCAAAUCCAUUUUACUUCAUAUCAUCCUUAAACAUCUCAUUAAUUUGGUAGUAGUGCAACUAAUCAUUAACAAAUCCUUUCACCUCUUCAUAUGGUUUUAAUUUCCAUUUGUUUUUGAGUAACAUUUCAUAUGUUACCCAGUUUUUAUUCAUGUUUAUUUUCUUAACACUCAUAGCUUCUAACGGUGAUAACCACCAGGGUGUUUUCCUUUCUAAUAGGUUUUUAUACCUAUCCCAUCCUUCAUAGAGAGACUUUCGGAAUAUGUGGUCAUCCAUACUGCACUUUAAAUCACUCCUUCUGCUUCUCUGUAUAGGAAUUUGACAUUUCUGAUGUCUCAUACAUUAGUUGUACUACUACUAUGUAGGUUGUGCCACAAAUGAACUUCUGAGCUCCCUUUUAUGACCACACCAGAGAGGGAAGGGGGAAGCAUGCAAACCUGGGGCAGGCAAGACUUGUUUCCGUCCAUUGACCUGCAUAAUGCUAAGCCAAACUUUAUCUCAUUCCAGACAAAGUGUGAUCUGUUUGCAAAGAAUUAUAUGGUUUACCACACAUCGUUUUCUGGGGGAGAUAAACAGUGAUGAGGGCUGACCCAGGACAUUUUGACACCUGAAGUCCUUCAUCAUUUGGUGUACAAGUUGACUUUGUUUUUAACUGAAAGUAAUGUUAGAAUACAACUAAUCAACUCUGUGUUGAUAAUUUAAAAUGCACAGAUUUUGGCCCAAAUCCCAAGAACUAUGCAACUUGUUUUACAUAUUCAAGAGAGUUUGUGUGCUUGUGGGGUUUUUUUACGCAUUGCGUGGCAAACAUAUUUUGAAAACAAAGGGGCAUUCAGAAGUAGUUUGUAAUGUGAUAUGUGUCUCUGCUGUAUGAAGGAAAAAAGUAAAAAUCUCACUUGACAUACCUGAAGUACCUAUUUAGAUCCAAGCCUAUAUUUUUAUACUGAAAAGUUAUUCACACAACAAUCUUAAAAAGCACCAGAAAGGCACAAUUCUCACUCAAAUCAAAAACAGAUUAAAGAUGGAUUGGGAGUUGUGGAAGGAGGGGCAAUGAGUGUAGCUGAAUGGAUAGAAGCUGAAUAAAAGCAAGUCUGAGGUAUUGAAAAUGUGCGACUUCCAGCGCGGCGGCCAUUUAGGAACUGGGCAGAGCAGCAUCGAAAGUUGCUUCUGAGCAUGCUCCGCCCAGUUCCAAAUUGGCAGCAGCGCUACUUCCGGUCUGCCGAUCCCUUAUUUUUACGGCAGGAACUUGGCAGGUAUGGCUGUAGGGCAGCUGCGUGGGAGGGGGCAGGCAGACUCCUCGGAGGCCCUGCAGAGCGUCCUGCCCUGGCUCGCCCCGCCCCGUGGGCAGCUGGCCCUGCCCCUGGCUGCAGGGCAAACGCACUGUCCUGCACGCCCAAUCGACUUGUUCUGCCGCUGCGUAGGACUACCCCUGGUGAGCCAAGGCGCUGUACUAAGAGUAUUCAGCUAGUGCAUAACACAAUGGCCUGCCUUCUGAAGGUGAAGUUCCCAAGCAUCAGAACUGGGUUCUUCUAGGAUUCUGGCCUAUACUUAGCAAGACUGAUUUCAGCAUAUAACUUAUUUUGGGAACUGCCUCCUCUUUUGUACCGUGCUGUGAUCUCUUAGAUGUACUUUCCUUAGUGCAUCUGUGCAACAAAUUAGAACACAGAGAAGCAUCCUUGCUUUUUUGUCCAGUUUUUGAACUGUCUCAUGAGAUUCACCAAACUUAAACACCUUCUGCUACCAUAACGCUCUUUGGGGCAAUGGUUCAAUGACUAGAGUUAAUUUUUAGCAGCAUAUUUGAGUUUGCCUUUGCCUUUUAAAAUAUUUGUAAAGCUUGCUCAUAGUUUUCUGCCACUAUUGUUUUCAUAAAGUCGUAUGGUAUCUCUUUGACAUUUAUAUAUAUCCUUAAUAUGUAAUCAUGUCAUAAGUUAGCAAUGAGCUUGAUUUGUAUUUUUAAUAUGUGGGUAGUCUGAAUAUUUCCGGUUCAUUUUUAUUUGUUUAUUUCAGGGGCACAGAAGUCAUGAGCACUGUCUCAGGUACCCGAAGUUCAACCAUCACUUUUACUGUCCGGCCUGGGACUAGCCAGCCAAUCACACUGCAGAGCAGAUCCCCAGACUAUGAUAGUAGGACACCAGG